UAUUUGCAGUCGAAGUUUAAUAUGCCAAUGACGCGAUCGCAGUAUUCAUCAAGUUCAAACAUCAAUAAAUUCUCAACUGUCUCUACUGUAUUCAAGUUCAAACAUCAAUAAUUCUUAAGCGACUCUCCAUGAACUCAUAAUCAUUUUUUCAUGGUAACCAAAAGCAAUGAAUCCUAAUUUUCUUAUAAUCUUCGUAUGCCUCUGGUUUUUCACUUCCAAAAUCACCUCUCAACAGAAUUAUUCUGAAAAUUUAGUACUAGAUUGUGACGGCACUGACAAAACAGGCACUAUCCCUGAUAACUUGGACACCUGCAACGGCAAAAACAAGUCCUGCCAAGGUUUCUUGCUAUUCAAAUCUCAACCUUCAUAUAAUUCAGUUCUUACCAUUUCUAAACUCACACAUUCAGACCCGUCAAAACUUGCGCACGUCAACAAUGUUUCAUUGUCUGCGAAGUUUCCCACUAAUAAAGAAGUUGUAGUUCCUGUAAACUGCUCUUGUUCAGGUAAGUAUUAUCAGGCCAAUUCAUCUUUUGUUAUCCUUACUUCCCAAGACACCUACUUCUCAAUUGCAAACAACACUUAUCAGGGGUUAUCUAGUUGUGAUUCGCUCAUAGACGAAAAUAUUUACAACGUUACAAGCUUGUUACCUGGUUAUGAAUUGCGAGUGCCUCUUAGAUGCGCUUGCCCAACAAGUAAUCAAAUUCUCAAUGGCACCAAGUAUUUGUUAACUUACUCUGUCUAUUGGGGUGAUACCGUUCCUAAACUUAGUGACAGAUUUAAUGUAAGCAUCAAGAGCAUACUAGUCGCGAAUGGGUUCUAUGAACGUGAAGAAGAUCCUACUCUUUUUCCUUUCACAACAAUUUUGAUUCCUUUUCAGCUGAACCAGUCAGCAUCAAAACCAAGAUUCACACUCUACAAAUGGAGUCUCCUAAUCCAUACGUUCUUAACGAAAAUACUAAAGGGAAGUCCAAGAGAGGAUUUUACUUAUGUAUGGGAGUUCUGGCAGCUUCCACUGUUCUAGUCAUCUCAUGUAUUGCUCUAAUUGUUGUGUGUUUGUAUCACAAGAAAAAGAAAGAUAGUCAGACAGCAAAAUGGGUUUUACCAAAAGAAGUAGUAGAUGGAAUAGCUGUUAUGGACCAAGU